AUGACAGGACUACGAAUUGCUUUUCUCCACCCCGACCUGGGUAUUGGAGGUGCCGAAAGACUAGUGGUGGACGCCGCGGUUGCUUUAAAACAAAAGGGGCAUGAUAUUACCAUGUUUACUUCGCAUCACGGAGUGAAAGCAUUUGAUGAAACAAAGGACGGUCGCACGCUAAAUGUGAUUGUACAUGGUGAUUUUUUGCCAAGAACAUUCUUCAACAAGUUCUACAUAUUGUUUGCCAUUAUUCGGGCUCUCUAUCUCGCAUUUGUCGUCUCCGUAUUCUACGGACCCUACGAUGUGAUUUUCUGUGACCAAAACGCGGCUUAUAUCCCAGUCCUUCGUUUAUUCUGCCGCUCUAAAGUUCUCUUCUACUGCCAUCACCCCGAUUUCGUCCAAACUCCCCACAAUUCCCUUCUAAAGAAAAUAUACCGCCUUCCAUUCGACCUCUUCGAAGAGUAUUGCAUUUCGAUGGCGGACAAAGUGCUUGUAAACAGUCUGUACACGCAGUCCGUCUACAAGGAGUCCUACACAAUCAUCAGCUAUCUCAGCAACACGCUGCCCAACGUUCUCUACCCCUGCGUGGACCUCGCCGGCAUCCAAUCUCUCGCCCAAAAAUGCGCGUCGCUCCCCCGCGAACUAGCGGGCUGCUCGUACUUCUUGUCGGUGAAUCGCUACGAGCGCAAGAAAAGCGUGGAAACCGCGAUUCUUGGCUUCUCGAAGCUCCGCAAUCGCUUCGGUCCGCAUGUUUUUGAAAAACACAAUUUGCGUCUUGUCAUCUGCGGAGGCUACGAUCCGCGUCUGCCUGAAAACGUCGAGUACUACGAGGAGCUCACGUAUCUCGCGUUUAACGAGGGCGUUUCGGAGUUCGUCGUGUUCCUGCGGAACUGCGGACAGGAUGUGAAGGCGGCGCUGAUUCAAAACGCGCUGGCGCUGAUUUAUACGCCCUGCAACGAGCAUUUCGGGAUCGUGCCCAUCGAGGCCAUGGCGCUGAGUCGCGCGGUGAUCGCUCAUGAUAGCGGGGGCCCGCGGGAAUCGGUGGUUUCUGGGGAGACGGGUUUUUUGUGCGCGAAUUGGGAGGAAUUCGGGAAUGCGAUGGGAAAACUGGCGGAGGAUCGGAAAUUGGGGGAGAAGAUGGGAGAGAAGGGGAGAAAGAGGGCGGAGAAGCGGUUUUCGUUCGAGGCGUUCAGCGAGCAGCUGGAUCGGGAGGUGAAGGAGAUGGAGAAGAAGAGCUGCGCGCAUUUGUAUUUGCCGUUUGUGAUUUUUGCCUUGUUUUUGGCGAUGAUUCGUUGGAGUGUUUGUUGGAAGAAAGAAAGAAGGAAAGAAAAGGGGAGCGGAGAAGGGUGUUUUGAGAUAAGAAUGGGGAGAUGGGAGGGUUUAUUAUAG